UCCUAUGCAUAUGAUAUUACGAAAUAAUGAGUUCAAUGAAUUACUAUGAUAUACUUGGUUGUACUAAGGAAUCAACAAUUGAAGACAUAAAACAUGCAUAUCAUGCAUUAGCUUUAAAGUUUCAUCCAGAUAAAAAUAUGUCAGGGUUUGGUUGUACAAAGUUUCAGCAUAUUUUGAAAGCUUGGCAUGUUCUGAGUGAUCCUAAGUUGAAAAAAGAGUACGAUAUUAUACAGGAGCAAGAAGAGUUAAAUUCAGAAGAUGUCUUAAUAUAUGCAAAAAUAUCAGUUAAUGAGUUAGAAACAAUGGAUAACAAUGAAGACACAUUAAAGUAUCAAUGCAGAUGUGGAGGAUUAUACUGUAUUCAAAAAAAAUACGUACAAAAAAGAAACCAAACAAUACAUGUUUCUUGUUUGGAAUGUACUUUGCUUAUUGUUAUUGAAACAUAGUACAUUUAUAUAAAGAUUGGAAAUAGUAAAAUAUAAGGUGAAUAACACAAGACUUAAA